AUGUUUCGUGUACCAGUUAGAAGUGGAUUUAGCUUGCAGCGACUCUUGGUUCGGCUACAGCACUCGAGCAGUUCCAUAAGGAGUACUUUUAUAGAGUAUUUUACAGCAAAUCAUGGGCACAAACAUGUCAAAUCGAGUUCUGUGGUUCCACUGUACGAUUCAAGUGUCCCAUUUGUUAAUGCUGGCAUGAAUCAGUUCAAGGGUGUGUUUCUUGGUAAAGUGGCUCCCCCUUGUGCUAAAGCUGUGAACUCUCAGAAAUGUGUGAGGGUAGGUGGCAAGCACAAUGACCUGGAUGUGGUUGGCACUGAUGGACACCAUCACACCUUCUUUGAGAUGCUCGGGAAUUGGUCAUUUGGAGAUUAUUAUAAGAAAGAAGCGUGUCACAUGGCCUGGCAACUGUUGACAGGUCCAUAUAGACUGAAGCCAGAAAACCUGGUGGUCACAUACUUCGCAGGAGAUGCUGCGAUAGGACAGAAGAUGGACACGGAUUGUAGGGACAUCUGGAGGGAAAUUGGUGUGGCCGAAAGUAGACUGAUGGCAAGAGGAGCAAGGGAUAACUUCUGGGAGAUGGGUGUGACAGGCCCGUGUGGACCCUGCACUGAGAUUCACCACGUCAAUCCCAAUGGAUCACUCACUGAAAUCUGGAACCUUGUGUUUAUUAAUUCUUUUAGAGAUGACACAGGCAAAGUGAAUGGUUUGGCGAAAUACCACGUGGAUACCGGUAUGGGAUUGGAGCGUAUGGCCGCCAUCUUGCAAGGAGUACCCUCUAACUACGAGACAGACUUGUUCCAGCCGCUCAUCAAAGCUAUUGAGAAGAACAGUAAAGGAGUGUCUCCGUAUGGAGGCAGCUACCUACCUGAUGCUGAAGUGGACGCGGCGUACCGUAGACUGGCAGACCACGCCAGGAUGAUCAGCAUCUGUCUUGCUGAUGGAGUCUUUCCAGCUACCAGUCUCAACCUAAAACAAAUAAUGAGGAAAUCGUUCAAAAUAUCGUCCGAUGUGUUCCAAAACACUAAACUGCCGAGGAUCCUAUAUGAUGAGGUGGUUGAGACCCUGGGUACCACAUACCCUGAGCUGGUAACCAAGGAAAUCGCUGCUAAGCUGAUUAUAGACCAUGAGGAGCAAGGGUAUGCGAAGAUGAAGUCUGGACUGAAGAAGAAGAUGAAGGAUCUGAUAAAACAGUACCCUGAGGUGGUGACUUUGAGUGAUGUGGAACUGCCAGGGCUGGUGCAAGGAUAUAAAGAUCUUAAAGAGACAAUGUCUAAACAAAAAUCGACCGUAAUACCAGGAGAACUAGUCUUCAAACUAUACGACUCGCACGGCUUACAAGAAGAGGUUAUCAAGCAGAUAGCUGACCUGAACAAACUAAGUAUAGACAACAAAGGAUUCUGGGCACUUCUGGCCAAACAUAAGACGAGACACAAGACUGCCAUCAAAGAGAGAGAUAACAGGGGCCAAUUAUUCGACGAAGCCAUAAAAAACCUUCGAACCAACGGCUACACAAACACAAAUGAUCAACCAAAAUACGAUUACAUACAAAACGAAAAGCAAAUAGAAUUUAAACCGUUAACAACGAAGAUAAUAGCCAUUUUGAAUGACACCUUAGAUUGGAUUGACUUCCUAGAGCCGUGUAGUGACCGACCAUUUUACAUUGUAACAAAAGACACGAAUUUUUACUGCGAAGAAGGGGGCCAGGAAGCUGAUAGAGGAGCCAUUUACUUUAAUAAAAACAUUGUUAUGGAGGUCGAAAGUGUUUUUAAGUUACAAGACUUUGUGUUCCAUAAAGGGUAUUUUCUGAUAAGGAAUGAGAAGCUAACGAAUUGUGUGCAUUGUAACAUGGAUGUGGAAUUGGAGAUUGAUGAGGAACGGCGUCUGAAGUUGAUGCAGAAUCACACGGCGGUGCAUUUGUUGAAUGCUGCCGUGAGGAGGGUGCUGUCCAAGAGUGCUGUGUGUCCCACCGGGUCCAGUGUCACUGAGAAUGGAUUGUCGCUUAAUUUUUCGGUGUAUGGAGAGAAGUUGUCGCAAAAAGUUAUAAUGGAUGUACAGGAUCUUAUUAGGGAAUCAAUAAAAUGCAACGCGCCAAUAGAGACGCGCAUAGUGGACAGUGUGCAAGUGUCCCGGGAACCCGGGGUGGUUACAAUCCCGGGGGAAACUUAUCCCGAGGUCGGACUCCGACUUGUCACUGCUUACCUACCUCUAGUUUCCAAAGAGCUGUGUUGCGGCACGCACUUGCCGUCGACGGGCGCGCUGGGCGAGUUCUGCGUCACCAGCGUCAAGGGCGCCGGCGGACAGACGCCUUGUAUACACGCACUCACUGGGGAUAAGGCUAAACAGGCACGCGAGCUGUUCUGUCGAGCUGAGAAGCUGGGGCAAGUGAUAGAUCUGAUAGACCCUGACAGGAAGAAGGAGGAGAUCUCCCUCAUCAGGAGUCAGUUGUCGACGCUAUGUAACACUGGUGGCGCCCCCUACGGGGAGUACGCAAACUGUCUGAAUUUACUCGACAGCUUCUCCAAGAGGGAGGUCCAUAAAAAUGAUCUGGCGCUGCACUCAAUAGCCUCAACAGAAAUAGCAGAAGUAGUGUCCCAGGCGGCCCGCGAGGGUCGUAGGUUCGUGGUCCACUUCGUGCGAUGUUCGUACCUGAUGCAGAGCCCCGCGGCGCAGGCCGUGCUGGCUGCGCGCCAGGCGCUGCCCGCCAUGUUGCUGGGCUGCGCCGGCGGGGUGCUGGUCGCCGCAUGCUCCGUGCCGCCGGAGAUGGUGACUGCGUCGUUCACGGCGCGCUCGUGGCUGGGCUGCGCGGCGCGAGUGUUCGGCGCCACGUUGCAGGGGGGGGAACACGAACAUACACACGCCGUCAUGACGCCUUCCAAGGUGAGCUUGAUAAACUGUGAGCAACUAGUCCAGGACGCGAUGCGAGUCGCGAUCAAAUUCGCGCAGUCCCACACCAAGGAGAACACAGAACAAUCUAGAAGCACGCAGAAUAGACAACAGAAUUGA